CGCAGUCCCAGCCAUGGCUCCUGCUCGGGCUUUCCUUAGAGGCUGCUGGCAGCUGAGCCUGGCCCCCGGCAGACGGGUGGCGGGGAGCCCCGGGUCUCCUCUAGGGGGGAAGCCUGCCUGGCUGCGCUACCUCUCGGCUUGUAGUGCGGGCGGCCCGGAGGACGGGGACAUGAAGAGGUAUCUGAACGCACACUACAACGAGGCGAGGAGGCGCAUCAACGAGGUUAUCCCUUCUAUUUCAAGUAGCAUGCUGAAUCCAGACGCUAUAUUUUCCAACAAUGAAAUGAGCCUGGAGAACAUUGAAAUUUAUGGCUUUGAUUAUGACUAUACAUUAGCUUUUUAUUCUAAAGAUCUUCACACGCUGAUCUUCAACACUGCACGAGACCUUCUGAUUAAUGAGCAUCGGUAUCCGAGUGAAUUGAGAAGAUAUGAGUAUGAUGCAGACUUUGCAAUUCGGGGUCUUCACUAUGAUGUUCAUAAGGCACUAUUAAUGAAGAUUGACUCCUUCCAUUACAUCCAGCUGGGAACUGUGUACCGGGGAUUUGAUGUUGUACCAGAUUCUGAGGUUAUUGAAAUGUAUCAAGGUUCUCAUGUGCCACUGGAACAGAUGAGUGACUUUUAUGGAAAGAGCUCAGAAGGGAACACCUUGAAGCAAUUUAUGGAUAUAUUCUCCUUACCUGAGAUGACUUUGCUGUCCUGUGUCAAUGACUAUUUCCUGAAGCACAACAUUGAUUAUGAGCCUGUACAUUUGUAUAAAGAUGUAAAGGACGCCAUUCGGGAUGUUCAUGUGAAAGGGCUAAUGUACCGAGCUGUGGAGGCUGACAUUGAGAGGUUUAUUUGCUAUGGGGAGAAAACCCAAGCUGUGUUGACAAAGUUGGCAAAUAACGGCAAAAAGAUGUUUCUCAUAACAAACAGCCCGAGUAGCUUUGUAGACAAAGGAAUGAAUUUCAUUGUGGGGAAACAUUGGAGAGAUCUCUUUGAUGUUGUCAUUGUUCAAGCUGACAAGCCAAAUUUCUUCAAUGACAAAAGGAGACCUUUCCGUAAGGUUACAGAUCGAGGUGUUUUACUGUGGGAUAAAAUUCACCAACUAGAAAAAGGCAAGAUUUACAAGCAGGGCAACCUGUUUGAAUUUCUGAAGCUCACCGGCUGGCGAGGAUCAAAAGUGUUAUACUUUGGUGAUCACAUAUACAGUGAUCUGGCAGACCUAACAUUAAAGCAUGGGUGGAGAACAGGAGCCAUUAUUCCUGAGCUGAAAUCAGAACUUACCAUCAUGAACAACUCUGAGUAUAUUCAGACUAUGGCCUGGCUUCAGGGUUUAACUGGUUUACUUGAACGAAUGCAGAUUUACAGAGAUGCCGAGUCACAAAUGGUCUUACGUGAUUGGAUAAGUGAAAGGCAAGAGAUGAGGGACAUGGCAAGAAAUAUCUUUAACCCUCGUUUCGGUAGUAUAUUCCGGACUCACCAUAAUCCAACCUAUUUCUUGAGACGCCUCUCUCGAUUUGCUGAUAUUUACAUGGAAUCCUUAAGCUGCUUACUGAACUAUGACCUGCAUCAUACCUUUUAUCCAAAGAGAACGCCACUACAGCACGAAGUCCCUAUUUAUUCUGAGCAGCAGUACCCCGGUACCUUCGGCAUCCCAUUCUUACAGGAGAGUGCUCAGCUGAAGUGAUUCCCAUUCGCUUAGUCUCCUGCCAUGCAGCGUUAUGGCUGAAAUUGGAUGAUGGAUUGAAUGUAGCUUUUCUAAGUCAUGUUAUGUGGCUGACUGUUCGUAACACUCGAUUUUACCAGCUUUAUUGGAGUGCGUAGUGCCACAAGUAUUUAGAACACAAUAUGAAUGCUGACUGCAGCAUUGUUUUUAGGUUGUUUUUUAGAGCCGUUACUGGUUCAUCUGAGAGUGUUUCCAUUUUGUGUUCUCUUCAUGACGCAGCUAUUUUUACAAUGAUAGAGUUCAAGUAGUUUGGAAAUGCAUUUUAUUAAGAUGUUUUAUGAUGGUUGACUUUGUAUUAAAAGACUAUGCUCUGCAAAGUACAGCAGUAAAAAUCAGUACCCUAUGUAGCCCUAAGCUGGCUUGCCCUAAUAGCAAUCUGAAAUGAGCUGGCAGAUCACUGGAGUAAGGCCAAGAAACUUGCAGCGUGUGUCAGUGUGAGGUCCUGUUCUCACCUCCACUUCUCUGACAGGAUUGCUAUUUAUAUUGCUGUGGGACCCUAAGGCCUCUUUCACACGGGCGUCCCGGAUUUGCUCCGGAUGCGUCGCGUGUGCAUUGCGGGAA